UGCUGACAGCCAAUCUCUAUUGCCUGCAGCCAUCGAUGUGCCAGUUCCGGAUGUCGAGGUAGCUUCCGCAUUCGAUCUCCACUGGAUUGCUCCACGCCACAGGUCGGUACUAUGCAAACCAUCGUUAAAGUCGGAAAACUAGAAUCAAUAAAACCGUUUGUGAAUAUUUUGUAAAAACCACACACAAUCGUACAAAAAAGAUCUUAUGAUGUUUUGCAGUAGCAAAUGGCAAUAUCUUCAUCUAUUUCUGCACAUCACAUACCAAAUUUUCAAACAAUUCUGAGUGUUAUUCAAAAUACUGGAAUUAAGAAUUUCUUAAAAACAGCCAAGAAAAACAGCAAUCUUUUCGAAACACGUUAUUAGGGUGGCUACGGAAUUAUCAACGAUCAAAACACCCUUUACCAAGACGGCUCACAUCUCAGAAAAGUUGAUGUUUUUCGAGUACUUUUGAGAUUUUUUUCCUGCAGUUUAUGCUGAUUCGAGCAGUUUGGGAGGCGGUCGCGUGGGGUGGUGUCAAAAUCAGCUGCGUAUGUGGGUGGAUGGGCGGGCGUUCAGUUGAGAGGCGGCAUUUUUCUUACUUGGCCGUGUUUUUUUCCGCGUGCGGUAUUAAUGAACUUCCAGGCUUUUUUCCGUUUACACCACCACUGGAAGCCGUGUGGGAAUGUCCGGAGAAAAUUGGCCACCUUUGUCAGACCCAAACCCAGUUGGACGAAAAUUGGGCUCUUAUCGGUGACGACCGGUGGCCUGGGUAUAGGCGCCGUGGCCUACGAUAGGAUUGUCAACGAUUUCGAAAACGUAGAUAGUGCGAUAAGGUUUCUGAGGUCUUCUAAGAUAGGAAUAAGCAUUUCGCUGGAUUAUAGCUGGACGCUUUGGGGUAAGCAUGAAUCGGAAAAAGAUUAUCAGGAAAUUUUGUCUCAAGUCCACCAGAGAUCGGCCGACAAGAUACUGGAGGGUUGUCUGGCCAAUGGGGGGUUGUACAUUAAGUUGGGACAAGGGGUGGCAGCUUUGAAUCAUAUUCUGCCCAAAGAAUACAUACAAACGCUGCGUCAAUUGGAAGAUAAAUGUUUAGUCAGAAAACCGGAUGAAGUUCGGAAGCUAUUCGAGAAUGAUUUCAACAAAUCGCCGGAGCAAAUGUUUCGGCACUUUGACUAUGAACCGAUAGCGGCUGCCAGUUUGGCCCAGGUUUUUCGAGGAACAACGCAAGAGGGUCAAAAAGUGGCCAUCAAAGUGCAGUACGCAGAUUUGAGAAAACGCUUUAAUGGGGACCUCAGGACAAUUCUGUUUCUGCAGGAUUUGGUUGCAAUUAUGCACAAGAAUUAUAACUUCGGUUGGAUUAUACGGGACUUGCAGAACACUUUGAGGGAGGAACUGGACUUCGAACACGAGGGACGCAAUUCAGAACGCUGUGCUAAGGAUAUGAAGCAGUUCAAGAAUGUCUACGUUCCGAAAGUGCUGUGGGAUUAUACUAAUAAGCGAGUCUUAACCACCGAGUUCAUCGACGGUUGUAAAAUUAGUGACCUAGAUGAACUUCGGCGACAAAAGGUGAACCUCACCCAACUAGACAGUCAACUAUUUAGGGCCUUUGCAAAACAGAUUUUCAAAACGGGUUUUGUGCACGCCGACCCACAUCCGGGUAACAUUUUCGUUCGCCGAGACCCUUCAACGAAUCAACCACAGCUCGUCCUCCUUGACCAUGGACUGUACGGUAAUCUGUCCAUCGAAGUUCGUCAAAAUUUGGCCCACUUUUGGGAGGCCAUCGUCUUGAAGGACUAUGCUGGAAUGCAGAAAUAUUCGCAGGCCCUGAACGUUGAGGAUUACAAGACUUUUGCAGAAAUUCUGCUACAACGACCGUUAGAACUAAAGGGCUCCCGCUUAUCGACUCGUCUCAGCGACGCAGAUCUAGCUUACAUGACCAAACAGGCCAAAGAACACUUCGACAAGGUGAUGACUACGCUGAGGAGUAUGCCUAGGAACAUCAUUUUUGUGAUAAGGAACUUAAACACCAUAAGAUCGAUUGCAAGGGAUCACGGCGAUCCAGUGGAUCGCCCGAAGGUAAUGGCUCGUGGCGCCAUUGCUGCCUUGGGUUCGGCUCAUCAAGGAGUGCGUAGAUUUUUCUACGGCACUUUUCGGAGGAUAAACUUUGAGUACCAAUUGUGGAAAGCAUCAUUCCAGUUCUGGUUCGUGAGCACCUACUUAAAGCUAUUGACACGACUUGGGCGAGCGCCCGAUACAUCCCAGCUGUUGAAUGUACACGUGGAAGUUUGAAAUAGGAAAACCAACAAAUUUAGCUAUAAGAGUAAACGGUGACAGUUUUUGUACAAAUUUCUUUAUAAUAAUUUCUUCAAAGUAUAAACUUAUUUCAAAACUUGGUGGAGGUUUUCAUGGAAUGGAAUUUAAAAUCGAAGAAGAAAAUACCCUAUAUACAGUUGAAGAAAAGUUUUUUUGCAUUAGUAGUUUAUAAGCUUACGCUUGAUUUAAAAAGAAAUUAAAUAACCAUUUUUGUAUUCAAAUUCUUCUUAAAUAUUGAGGGAAAAACAUCCGUUGCUAGUUUCCGAAACCAAAAAUUAAUUAAAACCUUUUCUGGGUUUUUUUUUCGAUAAGAAUGCGUUCAGAUAAAUUAUUACUGUUUUAUAAAAAUGACUGAAAUAACUAAAAUCGGCAAAAUCACAAAAUGGACAAAUGGCACAAGAGAUAAAAAUGACGAAAAAUAAGUCACUGAAUCAAAAUGCCAAAACAGAUAAAAAUGAUCAAAACGACAAAAAUACUGAAAUAAGACAACGAUAACAAAAGUGAAGAAGUAAGAAAAAUAAAUUAAAAAAGAACAAAAUGAUCAAAACUGCUGAAAUAUGAAAAUUGAUACCUACAAAAAAUUGACAAAGAUCACAGCAAUGAGAAAAAGCGACAAGUAUUUAAAAUAGCAAAAGACAAACGUGAAAAAUAUUAACAGAAAUAACUAAGAUGCCAAAACUGAAAUAAAUAACAUAAACACUAAAAUGACAAAAAUGAGUAAAAUUUUAUAAAAACUGCCGAAAAUGGUCUAAAUUAUCAUAUCAAAAAUAAACAAAAAUGACCGGAUAGACAAUAGAAAACUCAAAAUUUCAAACAAAACAAAAGCGAAAAGUGAAAAACACCCCACACCGGAAGCCGUUACAAUUUAGUACCAAACUUGUACAUUGUAGCAAAUGAAGUUUGACGCCAAGCAAAAGCUCUCGUCGAGCGGUAAGUUAACGGGAACUGUUAAAAAUCGUGCCCCGCCCACCCCUUUUAGCUCCACGUUGAACAUCCCUCUGAGUGGUUCGAAUAAACUUGACAAUUCACCCGAAAUCCGCACACAGCACUGCGUUCCAUCCAUCGUCGCCUUGAUCAGUCUGGUCAGCUUUCCGGAAAAGCCGUUCUCGUCCAUGGUUUUCCAUAGCUUGUCACGAUCGAUCGUGUCGUAUGCGGCUAUGAAGUCGAUGAAUAGAUGGUGCGUGAAGACUUGGUGUUCACGGAGGAUUUACCGUAAUGCCGCCGACCGUGGCCUAGAGGAUAGCGUUCAAGUCUUCUAAGCCGGAGGUCAUGAGAUCAAGUCUUAGUUACGGCAAACAUUAGUACACUUUCUGUGGGUUUGUGGUGUUAGCAUUAGUAAAAUGCUAGCCAUUAUAUCCUUGAAAGAUGUACGCUUAGUCU